AUGGAUAAGAAUUCCUGUGCUUAUUUCUCUACUGCUAGUAUAGUUAUUGCUGUUCCUAUUGGUGCCAAGGUUUUUACAUGGUUGACUACUUUUAUGCUGUUUUGUUUCAUUCUCUUUAUUUCUGGUCGUGCUUUUGUAUCUGAUUAUAGUAAUAAUAGUGGUUUGGAAUGA